AUGUCUACCGUCGUGGAGAAAGUUUCUGAUGCCAUCAACGACGUUACUGCCGCUCUUGGCAACACUACCAUUUCCGACAAGGCUGCCGACUCUGCCACCGCUGACAAGAAUGACGCCGUUCUGGCCAGCGCUGCUGAGGGUCGCAGACUCUACAUCGGAAACCUCGCGUACGCGACGACCGAGGGGGAGUUGACCACUUUCUUCAAGGGAUACCUCGUUGAAUCCACCUCUAUCCCAAAGAACCCACGCACCGACCGCCCUGUUGGAUAUGCCUUCGUCGAUCUCUCCACUCCAAGCGAGGCUGAGCGUGCCAUUGCUGAACUCUCCGGUAAGGAGAUUCUUGAUCGCAAGGUUUCUGUUCAGCUUGCGCGCAAGCCUGAGCCAGCUGGCGAGAAGGGUGAAGGUGCUACAAGCGGAGGUGAGGGUGUUUCUGGAGGCGAAGGCGGUCGUCGUAGACCAUCGGGCCGUGGACGUGGCCGAGGACGUGGUCGUGGAGGACGAGGUGGCCGUGCCGCUCGUGGUUCCCGCGGUGAGGAGGGUGCAGAGGUCCCGACUUCGGAGGCCCUCCCCUUGACCGAAACCACCAACCAAACCGCUACCGAGACCAAGGACAAGGAGGCAAAGCCUGCAGCCAACCGUGUUCCACGUGAGCGACGUGAGCGUGGUCCCCCUGCCGAUGGCAUUCCAUCCAAGAACAAGGUCAUGGUUGCAAACCUUCCGUAUGAUCUCUCUGAGGAGAAGCUCAAGGAACUCUUUGCUGCUUAUGAGCCAUCCUCUGCCAAGAUCGCCCUUCGCCCUAUCCCUCGUUUCAUGGUUAAGAAGCUCCAGGCUCGCAACGAACCCCGCAAGGGCCGUGGCUUCGGUUUCGUUACCCUUGCCUCUGAGGAGCAACAACAAAAGGCCGUCGCUGAGAUGAAUGGAAAGGAGAUCGAGGGCCGUGAGAUCGCUGUCAAGGUCGCUAUUGACAGCCCCGACAAGACCGAUGAGGAUGCCAACGCCCCUGCUGCUGAGGGUACUGAGGCUACCAACGGUACCACUGAGACUGUCGCCGUCUAA